AAGUGGGGUCCUGGCUGUUUGCGCACGCGCCGUGAGUGCAGCUGCCGUCGCCAGACAGCAGCAGAGGACCGAGGCACCGGGAGGGUCUCUGCGUUUUACCGACAAAACCACGUUAAAUCGACACAAAAUGAAGUUUCCGUACUCAUAGAUUCACGAGGACAUGGUGGUGAGAGGGUGUCCCAUGCUGCAUUAGUGGAACAGUGACAUGCUGGCCUGUCUGCCGGCAUCAGGUGACCCCACCGUCAGACUUCUCUCCCGCACGCAGAUGAACACUGGACUUCAAAAAUGGGAAACUACACAGAAGAUGAGAUCUGCCAGCUAUCCAACCCCAGCAGAAUUGGAUGCCUUUGCUAAGAAGAUUGCGAACAACCCUCUGACGAUCCAGAUCUUCCCCAACAGUGUCAAAGUACCUCAAAGGAAGCACAUUCGACGCACAGUCAACGGGCUUGACACAUCCUCGUCCAGCCAGCGCCACAGUCCCUACCCCUCUCAGGUCAGCGCCAGCAGGGGCCUGCUAGCCGUCCUCCGUGCGCCUGCCAAAGGCGUCAUCAAAGAGUCUGACGGUAGCCGCGCCCGGCAGCUUGAUAAGGCCAACAUGAACCCUCACAGUGGGCCGUACGCCACUCAAAGCACUUUAAAUCUUCCCCAGCCUGCGCCGCCUCUACAGGGCCAGUCCCAGGCUGCCCAGAAGCAGGGAAUGGUUCACCCACAGGUGCUGCAGCAACAGCAACAGCAGCAGCAACAACAACAACAACAACAGCAGCAGCAGCAGCAACAACAACAGCAGCAGCAGCAGCAACAGCAGCAGCAGCAACAGCAAAGUAUGACUCACCCAAUGACUAUACAGCAGCCUCAAACCAUGCCUCACCCAGGGGCUUUACAACAGAGGAACAUGGCUCACUCUCAGGCUCUGCAGCGGCAGCAGAGUUUGUCCCAGGUUCAGACUUCACAGCAGCAGAGAUUGGCUCACCCACACACUCAGCCUCCGCAGCAACAGCAGGGUCAGUCCUGCCCUUCAGUCGUACCACAGCAGCAUCUUUCUCAUCUGCAGACACUAAAGCAUCAGGCGGCUCCUCCGCAAGCUUUACUUACACAACAAGGAGUGACUCAGGAUCUGCGCCACAUAUCUGAUGGAGCUCAGCUUCCGAGUCUGCAGCACACCCAGGGGCUUGCAGGUUCACAGCCUCUUCCCCAGGCUGGGGGUGAAGGACCCCCAACCAUGCCUAAUAGCCUCCAGCAGCCCCCACCAGGGGCAUACGGGCCCCGGAAGCUCCCUGAUGCAGAUGCCCCACCAAAUGUUACUGUAUCUACCUCCACCAUCCCACUGUCAAUGGCGACCAGCCUGCAUCAGAACCGGCCCAGUGACAUAAGCAGUAUUGUGCACCAAAUCAACCAGUUGUGCCAGGCACGGGCUGGCAUGGGCAGCACCUCAGUCUGCGAGGGCCAGAUCGCAAACCCGAGCCCCAUCAGCCGCAACCUGCUAAUCAACGCCAGCUCCAGGGUGUCCUCUCACCACCCAGCCAUGGGCUCCAUGCCCAGCUGCCUCAUGGUGGGCCCCCCAGACAAGGGGGCAGCUAUGACUCCCAGGGCUGCGCUGCAUUCACAGCCAAAUAUAGCUGCUACUAAUAGUAUACCUGCCUUUCACACCGACCCAGAGAAGGUACAACUGCAGCAGCAUCAGCUUCAGCACCAUUUACAUCAGCAGAAACAACAACAGCAACAACAGCAGUUGCAGCAGCAGCAACAUUUACAACAGCUGCAGCAGCUGCAGCAGCAGCGUUCCUGGGCCCAGCACCAGCUGGCCCACAUGCAGCAGCCUCCUGAGGGGGCCCAUCCCUGCAAGAACCCGAGGAUGGAGGUUCCUGCCGAGUGUUCUUUCCCCUCUCGAAACCUAAGCUAUUCUCACAAGCUACCAAACACUACACAAUCCUUUCCUCUGAAACACCCUGCUGAAAAACCACGAUCUUCAUCCCCUGUUAACUGUGCAGUAGGUUCUAUGCCUUACAUUAAUAGCCACUACAUGCAGCCACUGUGGGGUGGCAUUCCAGCCACAGCAGGAAACAAUGGAUCUGGCCCUCAGGACCUCCCUGUGACUUACCAGGGCGGGCAGGCCGCUGCAUCCACAGAACGAAUCCCAGGGGCAAAGUAUAGGCCAGGGAAAGAGGGUCCUGGUGGACCUUCGAAGUUGAUGCAGAAUGUGGAUUUCUUAGGAGGGGACUUCCAGAUGCCCGGCUUUCAGGAGCAGAACUUGGAUGUUAUUGAGAAGAUGCACAGGUCAGCAAUGGGCCAUGUUCCGGAGCCCAGCAAUGGAGGAACUGUCCACACUCACCACCCAGGCUACCGUUAAAAUGUGUGCUUGUCCCCUCUUGGUGUCUUGAGUUUAGUCUCAACAGCUACUUUCAGCUUCUGUGGUUUAUUCUUUAAGAUCUUGCAAGUGAUCGAUUACAGUUUAUUGCUCCGGAGCUUGAUUUGUAGACCCACCAGGUUGUGAUGUUUCAAAGUAUUCCUCAGGUCUUAAGCCAUGUCGUACCUUUUGUUGCAGAUGAAGGGUUUUUGAGAUUGUUGAAUAGAAAAUCCCUCUUUUCAUCACUGGCAUGUAUUUGCUGCUCUUAUUUUCAUGUAUAUAACGUGUUCUGAAUCAUUCGUUUGCAGCUGAGAAUUUGCUCACUAUAUAAUCGUCACAGUGCUUCACCUCGUUUGACCACAUGGAACAACUUUACUUUCUUUCCAGCAUUUGUGGCCUUACAACUGCCCAAAGGCGAGACUUAGGAUGUCUGCGCGUAACGUUUUUAUUUGCAGUUUUUUGUUUAAUCCUCUUCACAGAUUUGUGAUCCAUUUAAACAAGAAGGUUACAUGUAUAUGCAAUUAACAAGACUGUUGAUAAGGUUUUUGUCCCAGGAGCUCUCUCCUGUAGUUGAUGCAGACACUGGUGAAGAGCCACGUCGACUCCCAUCAGGAAUACAUGGCUUCCGAAUUGUGCUACGAGUGUUCGCGGUAGUCCUUGCUUUGUUCCAUGGGGGUGGUCACGGUGUACGAAAUGCUCACUGUUUUAGUUAAAAAUAAGACAACGGCCAGCUCUCGCAAAACCGGAAACAUUCUCCAUUCCUGAGAUUUGCGUAGUUUCUCAAGUAGACACUAGGUUUCUCUGUCGUAUAAAAAAAAAAAAAGGUUUAAAGUGCCCUCUUGUGUGUAAUAUGUCAAGAUUUGCUUUUGAAGUAGUUAUUAUUUUAUUAAAUGUUUCAUUUUAUUUCAGUAGAUGGUCCAACUUGAACAGUAGAAUGACUUUUAAAUGUUAUGGUUAACAUUUGCCCCUAUUCGUCUAAAGCUAAUGUGAAACCGAAUAACAGCCCAUUAUUAUUGAAAUGGUUUACGUGUCGGUGUGUGAAAAUCACUUGCAACGUGCAAGUACGUCAAAAGAAUAUAUCAGGCGGCGGAAAAUGCUUUAUUUCCCUGUUUCAACAUAUUUCCUCACCACUUUACUACUGUAACGCAAGUGGGCUGAUGUGGACUGUAUCUGUAUCUACUAAUCACUGGCCUUACCCUGUGUCGUACUUCUGCUACCUAUAAAGAAACCGAACAUUCACUGCAGGUUGUUCUGCUAGAUGUUUCUAGCACAAAGCUCCGGAUCUAUUUCCUCUUGUCCGGUUUUUUGGGGUCGAUGUUGUUUGGGCACAUGUUCAUCAAGCCUUCUGGAAAAAGCCUUAAAUGUCACGGUGAUAAUCCUCCACUUCAAACUUUACUGACUCUUUUUGCUUAGAGCCCGACUUUAGGCUGCAUCCACACUACUACACUUCUGUUGAUGCGUCCUGACGUCCGCAGCACUCCUGAGGUUCAGAGACGCUGAAACACUGCUGGCCCCAUUUUAGUUUGAAAAGUCCGGGGCUGGACGGGACGUUUGGAGACGAUGACGUAGACGCUCACAGCCACUUGUUGUUUGGGUCUUUUCUGUCAUGAUGUAGCCUUUGCUGAUUUGUCAGGGUCCUAUCACAUGACCCCCUUCAGGAAGAGAACAACAGUCUCGGCUACCAGUGCAGAACACAACACGGAUCAUCACUUACAAACAUUGCUGACCCUGUUGUCUUUGCUAACAGCUGUUGUGCAAUUAAAUUCUGCAUUUUACAAAGAUACACCUGUAAACGUGGAGGAGACGAGAUGUUACGGGGUUGUAGUCGAGCUCUUUCUGAAACUGAAGCCUGUGUUCGAGGAGUAAAACUGAUACGGAGCCAAAACGUUUGUGUGGACGGAUCGUUUCAGUUGAAAAAGUUGUUUAAGUUAAAACGUAGUCUGGAUGUAAACUUAGUCUGGCUUCAUUCUGAGAAGUGGUUAAGUUAUUCUUUUCUUUUCCUUGUUGAAACUGUACUGUCAGAUCAGUGGGCAUUGUUAACAUGUGCAGGCAGUGGGGACGGGGGAUGUUGCCUUAAAUGGAAAUAUUAAGGUAAUAACUGUCGAUAAAUAACCCGUCUGUCUGAGGUGUUGCUUCUCUAUUGAGGAUUUAAGAUUUUAAGAGUAAAUAUAAAUAGUAUUUAGCAGAAUUACUAGGUAUGUAGAACAGGGCUGUAGCAGUUAUUUAAAAGUAUUUGAUCUGUGUUUUAGUUGUUAUUCCUAAUAAAUAUCCUGAUAUAGUUUAAUUUAUUUUCUCGGACCACUGCAUCCUGAAGCCAUAGGUGAUUUCCCAUUAGGUGCCAUAGGUGACACGCAGACGAGUGUAAACGAGCGUCUGACCUCGGAGGCGAAUGAGAGGAUUUGCAUCUUCUGAGAUCUGACGUCUUUCGCGGUGCGGAGCGGUUUCUCCCUGUCGCAGCUUCUCAGACCUCUGAUGAAAAGAGGGAGAGCGGCGAGAGGAUGCGUCACCGUCAGAAACAAGCAGUCGAGAUGCAAACGUACCAUUUCUUGAUUUUGGUCUUCAUACUUGAUGGCAGUUAUUAUUAUUUUUUUCCUUUCCUGGCUCUCGUUUUUUGACGUGCCUGCUCCUCGAAGCUGCUAUUGAAUUUAAUCUUAACACACACUAGUAUGUUUUGUGUGUGUGCGUGUGAAAAGUAAUGAUGUACGGGCUGUAUCAGUGAAAACAAGUUCUUAUUUAUGGGAUGGGUGAAGAUUGGCUGUCCACUCUGACGCUGGUAAAUUGGCCGUUUGUCUCUUGAAGCAGGAGAUGACUCUUGAUGUAUAAUAAUACGUGAGCAGUGUUCAAAGUGGCAGAGUGAUUUCCAGGCAUCUGUCUCACUGUGGCCUAAAGACAGACGCCUUCACAUCAAUAGACACUGAGUGCAAACCCGCCCUGUUAAUGUUGAACUGCCUCGUUACAGCCCCCUACAGUCAGGUUCUACACUUUCAUAUGAAGUGCCUCCACUGGGCUGAGUAUGGACAAACGUGUGCGUGGAUGCUUGUGUGUGAGCGUGGAUGUUAAGCUUGGGUACUUGCACACAGGUGUGCACGAAGUUGAUCUCUAACAGGGGACCAAGCUACUUAGUGUAACUACUGAUACUGUGUCAUGGACUGAAGUCCUGAAGUGUGCCACGAUUCCUAGACACUGUCUGGAUGUGUGAACUGUUUGCUGCUGACUCACUGACCAAAGUGACCAAGCGUCCCUCUCUGUAUCCACCCCCGACCGAAAGGCUCGGCAGUGGGAACUCGUUAUGUUGCGACUGUAAUAAGCAACAAGCCGGUGACAUAACGUGGAGCCGCUGCCCUCGUUUGGACGGUCAGAGGAAAUCUUGUGAAGUAAAAGUGUAAAGAUGUGAAGAGGGAAGAAAAACCGAUCUAGAGCCCAUGUUUCCUGCCUGCACAGAACCAACCUGUUUUUGUCUGAGUAAGAUUCAGAUGUUUGGGUUCUCAGCAGAACUUACUGUUUGUUUUGUGGUUCCAUUCCACAGAACAUGUCAACGUGCACUGUGAGAAUCGACUUCAGCACAUUGCGGCUCUCAGAAGUCGUGUUGUUAUUUAUUGUGGCAGGUAUGAAACGACGCUCUGGGUUUGUUUUUACUCCUGUCAUCGAUCGUCUGUGAUCAGAGACGCAUCGUGUGAGUGGUGGGGGGGGGGGCGUACUUUCUCUACUUUGUGAAAAUGUGAUAUUCCAGUUUUGCCUAACCUUCAGGAAUAAAAUGUCUUGCACAAACAUUCCCCCUAACCAAAAUAAAGUUUGCAAACACAAAGA